AUGCUUCUGACAGUCGUCUGUGCGCUUCUUCUACUUGGAACUUCGGUUCGCGGACAACAAGCUGCGUCAUCUCGGCUGCGUUACCGUCCAGGGUACUUUAUUCAAGGAGAUCCUAGUCACCCUAUUCCAGCGUCGAAUCCACCUCACAUGGGUCUCCUGGAUGGCAAAACAUGGCGAGACGUACACGCUGAAAUGAACAAGAGACGACUUGGAGACACUAGGAUGAAACUUGUGAUCUUCCUGCGCCAUGGAGAAGGCACACACAACGUCGCUAUCGAGAAAUAUGGCAGCGACGCGUGGAACACCUACUACUGUAAACUACCGGAGUAUUUGGAUGCUCCUCUGACCGCUACGGGUAUCCAACAAGCAGAGAAGGCGUCAGCUACACUUAACACUGAGAUCGAGAAUGGUUUACAAGUUGAGAAUGUGCUUGUUUCUCCGCUAGAACGUGCAUUAAGAACUUUUACUAUCGCGUACCGAAACCAGACUUCCAGCAUCAGCAGUACACCGCUAGAACUGCCGCGAGAGAUACUAGGCACUCAUACUUGUGACGAGCGCCGCAACAUCUCUGAAAAGAGAAUGCAAUACUCGCAGUUAGACUUUAGUGGUUUUGAGUCUGAUGCAGAUCCGUGGUGGACUCAAGAUCAUCGUGAGACCAACGCCGAGAUCGAGACCCGCGCUACCAAGUUUUUAAAGCAUAUCUUCAACAACUAUUCGGUACGAAGUGUGGGUGUAGUCUCCCAUAGUGUGUUUGGCGCUGCGGUUCUACGUGUCAUAGGUCAUCCUGAGUACAACCUUGGGACGGCCGAGUUUCUACCGCUUCUAAUCGAAGAAGCCUUUAUUAAUUAA